GUGGGUGACGGUUCACAUCAGAAGCAGCUUAAAAGCUAGAAUUAUUAACUUUAUAUUUUUAAAGACGUUCGUCUCUGUUCGGUUUUCUAAAUGGUUCGCGAACACGUGGAGACUUUUCUGUCGCCCGACAAGGGACGAGGUUUGCGAUGUAAGAAGAACGGGCCACCGAUCAAGGCGGGAACACUCAUCAUAGAGGAAGAACCGUACUGUUUCACUCUACUCGAGGGGCAAGAAGAAGAGCGCUGCCACUAUUGCCUUGAAGAACAAAGCCCGGAGCUACUUCUGACAUGCCCAAAGUGUGGUAUAGCGAAAUAUUGUGACGAGGACUGCCAGAAAGCUGCCCACAGAGAACACCUGUCAGAAUGUGGCGGCUACCGGCGACUUAUGAAGCUGCCCUUCCACCUGAGACUGUUGGCGCGGAUCUUAUACAGACAAAGCACCAGGAAAUAUGAACAAGGCGCCCUGGGUCCCCUUUGCGACUUGUGUCCACAUACUGAAGAACUAAAGGACAGCAGUGAGCUGAAGAUUCAGCUGGAGAAAUUGUCUCGUUUCGUGAAUGAAGACAUCCUCCCAGACAGGGCCCAGCUGGAGAGUCUGUACGGCAAGACCACGUGCAACUGUUUUGCCAUACACAAUCUGGACUUGCGGGAAAUUGGAGUUGGACUGUACCCUCAAGCCGCCAUGAUUAACCACAGCUGCAAGUCGAACUGUGUGUCCACGUUCCGGGGACCCACCCUGCAGAUCAGGGCACUGGUGGACAUACAACCUGGAGAGGAGGUCUGUUACUCCUACACUGAGAAAGGUAACGUCACUCACGAAAGACGGGACGAACUCAGGAAGUAUUUCUUCGAAUGUCAGUGUCCCCAUUGCUUAGAUAUUGAUAGGGACGCCACCAUGAAGUCAGUUAAGUGUCCGAGCUGUCAGGGGCAGGUGAAACCAACUGGUAGUAAGUCACUCACGAUACGAUAUUACACCUGUAACGUUAUAUCUUGAAUAUUGAUUUGUCAUUAGAAAAAUUAC